AUGGAUCAGUUCAACAAGGUAGCCUUGGAGAUCCGAGACCUCAAUCCAGCUGUAGCACUCCAUCAUCUCACAACGGCCUUGAAGCCCGGACCGUUUGUCAAUAGCAUUUGCAAGAAACCUCUUUCGGACAUGAACAACCUACGAAGGAGGAUUGAUAAGUAUAUGCAAAUGGAACAGCUGGCUGAAUAUCGCAAUCAGGCUCGAGCUGAACUAGUGGGCAAACCCGAAAAGCAAAUAGAACAACCAUACAGGGGGCGAGGAAAGGAGUUAACUCUUCGAGACCGACCCACACGGGGUUCGAAAUACUCUCAUUAUACUCUCCUCAAUGCAAGCCGAGCCACGGUGCUUGAGCAAGCUCUGGUACCGAAAGUGCUGGCAGUUCCGAAGAGAGCUUCUACUCCACCACGCGCUGAUACUAGUAAAUCUUGCAGGUAUCAUCGCAAUCCUAGACAUUCUACCGAGGAGUGUGCGGCUCUCAAAGACAAAAUUGAAGAUUUGAUCAAACAGGGACAACUUCAUAAUUUCGUUGAUCGGCCCGACUCGUCUCGAUCUCGCCCAUAUCAACCUCGACACCCCGACCGGCAUAGGCAAGACCUUUUUGAUAGACCUCGUCGCGAACGAAGCCGAUCACGAGAUAGGAAAGAUGAGCCUACAACUUCACAUAGGCGAGUCAUUAACACAAUCGCAGGAGGAUUUACUUGA